AUGGCAGCAAGUCCAAGUCCAGUCGCCGUGAUAUCAGGACCACAGACUGUUUCACUUGGAUGCAAUAAUGACGCAGUUGUUUACUCUGCUGAUAAGUCGACUGGCAACUAUGGAGCUUCUUUGACAUACAAAUGGAGCUCCACACCGACAGAUUUGAGUUCACAGGCAACAGGAUUCUCUAUUUCAAUUCCUAAAUUCCCUCGCUCAAAAAACACCGGGGAAAUCCUAUUUUUGGGUAAAAAAAAAACCUCCGUUAGUAAAAAAAAAAUUUUUAAGUCGUAAUUAAUAUAAAUCUUUAGCUAUUUCUGUUGAAUUUUAAAAGCUUGCAAUUUAACAUAAAUUUUGCGAUAAAUAAUUUUUUUUAGUUUCAAAAAAAUUUUUUAUAUAAUUUUUUUUACAAAAAAUUAUCAUGGGGGAGUAAAUCAAGCUUAUCCUCUUUAACAUCCUUAAGCUGUUACAAAUACCUUUAUGCUCACUAG